ACACACACACACACACACACACACACACUCGGCAGCACUCACACACAGUCGGAGCUGAGCAGAGGAGCUCGCAUCCAGAUCGGUGCCAGACGCACGGUCGACGCUCCGUGUUUGCGCGACUUUUCCUGCGUUUUUGUUCAGUUUAAAUAUAAUAAGAGUUAAUAUAGUAAAUAAAAUAGUUAAUAUCGCAACUUUGAGGCUUUUUCUUUUAAAAGUUGUGUCUGAUUUUUACGCGUAUUUGGAAUAUCUCUGGGGAUUAAAGGUGGACUCUCCGCGAACCGCAGCGCAGAAGUCAUCUUGAAAAGAAAACUUCGGCCAGGAUUAGUUUCUUUCCGCCGCAGGAGCGCAGCAGCAGCUCGGAGUCAGUGCGUCUUCAUCUGGUUCUCUCUCUCUCUUUUUGGCUUUCUUGGUUUUUGGGUGUGUUUUUUUUUACUUGAGCCGUCCCAGAAAUGGUGGGGCACCUACAUUUACAAGCGAUGGAUGAUAGUCUGAAAGGAAAGAACCGGGAAGGGCUGCUCGACAGUCCGGAUUCGGGGUUGCCCCCCAGCCCCAGUCCGCCCUUCUGCUCACUCUCUCCGGGUCUGAUCGAGUCGCGCUCCGGCAGCUGCACGACGCCCGUCGAAAGCCAUCAUGGAUAUUACAGAAAGGAGAGCAGGGAAGGCAAACUGUUGCCCUACCUGCUGCUGAACGCCACAGGAACAGACCCGAAGACCCGCAUGCACCCCGUGUUCUUCGGAGAAAGCAUCGAGGUCAACCCCAAACCGGAGCAGGAAAUCAAGUGCAACUCGCAGGUCAAGUACGACUCCGACAAGCAUUACCGGGACCAGGUCUACUGCGCCCCCGUUCCCACGGCCACCUCCUUCAGCGAGACGGUGGUGGCGGUUCGGGACUGCACCUGGAGGAGCUACAAGUCGCAGGUGUACCUGGAGCCGCGGCAGAAGCCCAUCAGCUAUCGGAGCACCACCAUCAUCUACCCGAAGCACGCCAAGAACACUUACCGCACCACGCUCAACUACAACGCCGCGGGCUCCCGCCGCUGGUUCGUCUCCACGGUGCAGCUGGAGUCGAGCGAGGACACUAGUCCCUGUAUCAUCUACACCGAGGACCUGUAGGGGGAGGAGCUACUCGGUGAUUGUGUCCGCGGAGGACGAGGGGAAAAAAAAACCCUGUUCAUCUUUACUCGCCAUGGAGGGAACUCUGGGAAGCCUUUAGUGAUGUUUAGACUUUCUACUGAUGCAGUCUUUAAGAAAAAGGGAGUCGGUCCUCUGGCAGUUUAAAGCUCCACUUCAAUGGUUCAAUGUCUUAUUUAAUGCAAGAGCUGACAAAUUGGUGGCCCCGUUGCUCUGCUUCGGGUCGGACUGUAACCUCGGCGAAGGUUAACAGUCCAUGUGUGCGUAGAGAAAACCCUGUCACACCAAUGCAAAGCUUUCUCCUGAUACGGCUUUAUUGCACUUGUUUUCUAUGUAUAUAUAUAUAACAAUAUAUAUAUAUAUAUAUAUAUAUAUAUAUAUAUCACAGUCCUCUCUGUGGGAAUUUCAGUGCUGCAUGUGAAAAAAAUGGACCAAAGAUAUAGAUUGUACUCUUUGUAGUAACUCCACACGCUGACAGGACCGGACGCUCGCUUUACUGUUCAUUUACUGCGUUCAAUCACCCAGAACGAAGAACCAAAGAAUUAAUGAGUCCGAUCGAAAGACGGACGACGGCGCAGUAACGAAAGGGAUAUUUGAAUACUUUGAGUUAAGAUAAAUAAGUUCUUGUUUGGAGGUGCAGAGCAAAACACUCAAUUAAUGAAGUUUCGGGGGGUAAAAAAAGAACCUUAAUUGUUAUUUAUUAAGAGUUUAGAGAGUCAUCAGGACAGUAGGACCACACCAUGUACAGCUACAAGAUGAACGUGUAUGUUUAUUAUUAGACAAUCGGGGGAAGUGUUACUGUAAUGAAGUAGUCUACUUCUCUGUGGAAGUCAAACACAAACAGAUAAAACUGUUUCCAACCUCACUCUGGACCCUCGGUGGGGCCGGCUAUUCGUAAAUUCGUAAAAGUUUAUGCGUAAAGAAACUCGUUAGUUAGCUUUGAAAUGCAGAAAGGAGGCAGCGUUAUGUGGGAAUUUAAUCUGAUAAUAUUAGCAUGAAGUUCAGUAAUCUGAGACGUUUUCUUCUAUCUAUCAAUCAAUCAAUCCUCAACUGUGAUUGGAGCUCAGAGCAAAAAGGGGUGGGGCUUAGGAUAAGUUCCCUAAACACCUAACCCUAGACGUGGGGAACAUAGGACCAACCAAACUCUACAUAAGAGCUAAUUCAUGUGCAGCACCUUUAAAUUUCAGGACGUGUAAUAAACUUUAUUGAACUUACGAAUAUCCGGCGAGCGUUUUCAGAUAUCAACAAAUUAUUAUUGAUCCAUUUUUCUGAUCCAAAGUAGCUCAAAAACAUCAGAUUUCCCUGUUGAAGAUGUAAAAUAGAUUUCUUUUUUAAUUGAGCGACUUCUUUUUGUGUCUGUCUUAUAUAUAAAUAUAUAUAUAUUUAGAUUAUUUGAACCAUGGCAAAUAUUGAAACUUCCGACUUUACCUCAAAUUUUCUUAGGUAUGAGUUUUAUUUCAUUGCAAAAUGUGUAUUCCCGACUUUCAGUUUCAGUCUUGAGCUUGCGGUCUUGUUAAGUUUUUGGUUUUUUUAUAGUGUGAAAUACCCUCCAGGUAAUAAAAAGAGGUGGGAGCGACGACGGCACAAAGCUGAGGCGGUGCAUCCGUACUGUAAGAUGGGUACUGGGGGUUUUUUUAACGAGGGAACAGAAAGUUUAUACAAAGAGCAAGAAGUCCGAUCUGCUCUUUAAAAAAAGGGAAUAAUGACAGAAGAGGUGGAUGAAUUGUUCCUGGUAAGGUGACGGAGAGUUUCGCUACGUGUUGAUGGUCUGUGAAAUGUCAGAGAAAAAGUCGGCGCAGGGGGGGGAAGUCGAGUUCGAUGGUUUUUAUGUGAGAUACGUUUUUUUGUGUUUCCUAACACUUGAUUUUGUUACUGUAAAAUAUUUUCCUGUUGUAUAUGUGGCAUCGAGGCACUUCAUAAUUCUUUAUAUUUUUGUACGUCAAUCAGCGUUUCUGUUCUGAUCAAAGGAAAUAAUUUAAAAAGAUGUAUAUCCUAAUUGAAUAAAAAAAAGAAAAGCAAUUCCCAAACCCUAA